AUGACCAGUCACAGGACCAGUCACAUGACCAGUCACACGACCAGUCACACGACCAGUCACAGGACCGGUCACACGACCGGUCACACGACCGGUCACACGACCGGUCACACGACCGGUCACACGACCGGUCACACGACCGGUCACACGACCGGUCACACGACCGGUCACACGACCGGUCACACGACCAGUCAGCCCAACACCUUGUUGUUAAAGAUAACAGCCCAUGGCCCUCUCCUGCCCCCUCCUGUCCCCCUCCUGUCCCCCUCCUGUCCCCCUCCUGUCCCCCUCCUGUCCCCCUCCUGUCCCCCUCCUGCCCCCCUGCUCUGGCUGAUGCAUAAGCUGCUUGCAUGGGAGCCUGCGCUAAAAGCACGCUCGCUGCUGCUGCUGCUGCUGCUGCUGCUACUGCUGCUGCUGCUGCUGCUGCUGCUGCUGCUGCUGCUGCUGCUGCUACUGCUGCUGCUGCUGCUGCUGGCCGGGACACUGAAGACCAUGCGGGCCAGACGUGCCAGUAACGGCAAUGUGGUCUCGUGUUGCUUCCACCAGCUCAGUAGAUCCCUUCCAUCAGCUUCCAUGGUGGGGUUGAGGCUGAGGUAG